CCUACUCCGAAUCUAGAUCGGAAUAAGGUCGCGCGAGGGCGAAAGGUCCCUGUGCAAGGAUCAGAUGCGGCGAUUGGCAGACGAUUUGUUUGCCCAGUAGAAGAGUGCUCGAAGGCAUUCACCAAGAGGGCGCAUCUCUUUCGUCAUAUGGAGUCACUGCAUGCCGCUCCCGAUCCCUUUCGAGCACCCGUUUGUUCCAUGCCCUUCUGCGAUAAGGUCUCGCUUCGAGAGGACAACCACAAGACACACACGGAACGCCACAGACUUUACCAAGAGAUCUUCCUUUGUACCGGCGAAGACAACUUCAAAGGCACGCAUAUCAUUAAUGCCACCGCCGACAUAUGGGACAAAGUCAACCUCAAACCGUUCGCGGCGAUGGAGAUCACCCCCCUCAUCCUCGACAGCUGGCUAUACAAGGAGCGCCAGCGUCGGGAGUUCCCCGACGACCCUCGGUUCGCCCAUUCAGAGUACAGUUGGGCAGACAAAUAUUUCCUCGCCCAUCCGGAGGAGGCCGAGUAUUUCCUCAGCUUUCCUUUGGGCCAUGACUGGAAGUGGCAAUUCCCGGGAUGGAACAAGAAGGAGUUCCGGCGGGAGGGCAGCAACUGCCUCAUGGGCAAAUUCAAACUUGAUAUC